UAACAUCCAGCUAAAAUCUCCACCUCUUUUGGUCGGGUGGAUAUUUUAAUACCGUGGUCAUGGCGUCAAAACCUUAUUUUAUUAAAUUCAUAUGGCUUCUUCUGUAUCUCAUGGUGUUCAGGCACGUUUGGCAUCCAUCAUCAGGUGUAUCAGCAGUUCAAGAGAGAGCUUUAAUCACAUCUGUUAGUGAUGCCAACUUGGUAUAUGAGUUUAUGCUUAGUGGACUUGCAAUUGAUGAAGACAACAAUGUGGUGAUGCUGGAUGAGGAACUGGCAUCUAUGAAAAGAGGACGUGUCUUCUUAACCCUUAUAAAUGAUCACAUACCCAAAACUACGCCUGCAAUGGAGCAACUGCUCGUCUCCCUGGAAGAAGAAGAGGAAUCUGUUAAUCAGGACAAGUUUGAAAUGCUCAUAUUAGGGAUCAUCUAUUCGGCCUACCAGGUCCGCAAGCAGAAGCAGGAGAUUCUGCAGCAAGCUUGGGCAGGUGUGCUCGAGCGCCUAAUGAAAGUUACUCUGGUUCAGAUACGCAAGACCUAAUUCACGAGAUUUACCACGGGAUACAACAAGCAAUUCAAUUCUGUUGUAAUAUAUGCAUGUACAAAUAAAUUCAAU